CAUACAUAUAAUAUAUGAAAAGUGUUUAACAUUUUGAAAAUUCUUCUGUGAGUUUAUGUUUUUCAAGUGAAUUCAAGAAGAGCAGCAACAGUGGCAGCAACAGCAAUCAGCUGACAUAAACCAAAAGAUUUAACAACAAAGCGAACAAACUGCGGCCGCACACAGAUUUCAGAUUUCAGAUUUGGGUUGAAAAGUGAAAAAUCAGCAGCGCCCAGUCACACAGACAGGACGAGGACAGCUCGCAAAUCCGCACCACCCACAGGACCCAAGGCCAAAUGCAAUAAGCUGCAGCGAACGCAUACAAAGCCAUACACAAAGCCAAAGUCUAAGCCCCCAAAGCCAAAAGGAGAGGAAGAGCAAACAGUCGUUGUUGGUCUGGGAGCAGCCGCCAGGAUUGCGUUCUUGUACUUUGGACACACGUGCGCCGCGGCUGCGCCGUUGCCGUUGCCGUUGCCGCUGCCGCUGCCAUUACCCUUGCCGUGCCCGUUACCCGUGUCCGUGUCGUCCUUGCCAGCGUCAGCGUUAGCGUUGCCAUCGCCUUUGGCAACGGCGGCCACAAUGAAGCUGUCAAAACUGUCCAACCAGACGAACUCGCAGGAUCCGCAGGCGGUUAACUCGCGCAUCUUUGUCGGCAAUCUGAAUACAUUUCAAUGCUCCAAAACGGAUGUGGAGCGCAUGUUUCAAAUCUACGGCCGACUGGCGGGCAUCUCCAUGCACAAAGGCUAUGCCUUUGUGCAGUUCACCAACCCGUUCGAUGCCCGCAACGCCUGUCACGGCGAGGAUGGCAAAACAGUGCUCAGCCAAACACUAGAUGUCAACAUGGUAGCGGAGCCGAAGGCCCAUCAAAUUGGAAGGAAACGCCAGAAUGUCAGCAAAACGGGCAACGAUUGGGACUACUUCUAUGAUAGCUACUGCUCAUCGGCGCUGCUGCGCGGCGGCGGAGGUGGGGGUGGUGCCAAUGGUGUGCGUCCCAAAAAACGCAAGCGUUUGAUGGCCAGCAACAAUAGUAUGGCAGCGGUUGUGCAACAGCAACAUCAGCAACAACAUCAUCAUAGCGCCGCUGCAGUUGCAGCAGCUGCUGCUGCUGCUGCAGUACAUCAUCAGCAACAGCAGCAGGCGGUACAGCAGCAGCAGCAGCAACACCAGCAACAUCAGCAGCAACAGCAACAUCAUCACCAUCAGCAGCAGGUUGCCGCUGUUGCCAUGGCAGCGAUGGCCAAUUUGCUGCCACAGCAGCAGCUGUUGCUGCAUCAGCAGAAUUUACUAUCAAAUGCGGCGGCUGUGGCCACAACAGCGGCCACGACAGCGGCGCCCGGCACACUUCACUGGUCGCAAUACAAACAGGACCAGCAGCAACAGCAGCAACACCAACAGCAACAACAACAGCAGCAACAACAACAACAACAGCAGCAACAAUUUGUAGCCGCGGCCACAGGUUUCCAGCUGAAGAGCGUCAUCGCCGGGCAGUCAACGACUUCGCCACAGAAUGCAAAGUCAGCAAUAAUUGCUAAUCAAACAGCACUCGUGGAGCCGUACGGUGCCUUUUCCCAACAGCUAUCGCAUCACCAGCAGCAUCAACAGCAACAACAACAGCAGCAGCAGCAGCAACAGCAGCAACAACAGUUGAGCUGCCUGCUGCAGCCGUUGACUUUGGCAUUGUCCCCACAGCAACCGCAGUCGCUACAAUUGCAGAGCCAACUGAUGCAACAACAGCAACAACAGCAUCAGCAUCAUCAGCAGCAGCAACAACAACAACAGCAACUACAUCAACAUCAAGAGCACCAACAACAGCAGCAUGCACAGGAGCAAUUAAGUUUGCAUCAACAUUGGGGACCAUUCAAAGUCUACAGCAAUCCGGACACAUUAAUCUGUGGCAACUGCCGGGAAUGCUUCAGCGAACUGUCUGAGUUAUUGGACCACAAGAAAAGUUACUGCAAGCUGAGGUUCACAUGCAAGUGCCAGGAUGUGGCCUUUGCCGCAAAAACGCCGCCAACGAGCGCCAAAUUGCUUUGCGCCGUUUGCAAGGAUGCAUUCACCAAUCCCUGGGAUUUGAUGGUGCACGCACAGGCCGCACACAUGGUUAACAUUUACGAGCUGGGCGAUGAGGCCGCCAACGUUGUGACUGCCGCCAAUGGCAAUGGCAAUCCCAGCCCCAGCAACAACAUCAACAACAACAACAAUGCAAACGAUGCAACUGCAAUUGCAGGCAAUGUUGCUGCUGCUGCUACUGCUGUUCACAUGCCAAAGUCAGCAACACUUAACAAGGAGCCAAAUAACAAUAACAAAAUUAGCAACAAUAACAACAACAUCAUCAAUGGACACAUGUCGCCCAUUGCCAACGGCAGCAGCAACGAUGUCGUUCCAGUUGCAGCUAAUGGCAUUGAUGUUGCUGCCGUCGCAGUUGCUGUUGCUGCUGCUGCUGCUGCCAACAACAACAACAACAACGAUGGCCAUGUCAGCAGCGAUACGGAGACGCACAGCAUGGACAUCAAGUUUGAUCUCUGUGUCAGUCCCAAGGAGGAACAGCAACGUGAUGAUCUGUCGUUGGAUGGACGACUGUCCAGCAGCCCGCAGACGCAUCAUUCGGAUGAUAUCAAUAUGAAUAUUAAGCUACUAAACGGUUCGGUGUCCUCGCGCGGCAGUUCGCCAGGCCUGGAGUCCGAUGAGCCGCCGGCAACGCGUGCCUGCAUUGUCCGAACCCUAAGCAUUGAGGCUGCCGGAGCUACAACCACGCCAACUUCGAAUGCCUUGAGCCUGAUGUCCAAUGGCCUCAGCUUGGCGCUGGCACCGCAAUAGGCCAACCUUUAACUGACUGGCUUUAAGUAGAAUCAAAAGCGUUGCAACCGCAUCCCCGUUAUAUAAUGAGUUUAGAGGAUAUAGUAUGUGCUUUAGGUUUGUGUGCAGAUUGAGGGAGUAUUUAAAAUGCUCAUAUUGCUUUUGUGGCUUUUGUGUAUUGUAUUGAGAAUAAGUAUGUUAUCGUCAGUGGGAUGCAAGUGCAAUUUAUUCAGUAUUUUUGUACUAGACUUAAACUGAGAAAUGAAAACGUAAAUUACCAAAAAACAUAUCAUUUUUAAUUAGCAACUAGGUAUUAUCGUAGCUAUAACAAU